CAAAUUGUAUGAAGAGAUCUGUUGUCUCCUCUGCCGGCGUAUAUAUCAUCUUAAACGACAAAGGAAAGCUUUAAGUAAUACUGUAUUUCUAAGGCGCAGAACGAUCCACACAACCUAAGCCGGCCUUUUAUUCAGCGUUGGGUUAGAUGAUUCGUUGCUGAAUAAAAUGAAUUUUCAUGAAGAUGCAUAUGGUCUUUUUAUCUCGAAGGCUUUUCAGAGCUUCAGUGGAUUGUUUCGAUAUGGUAGUCGAAUGAAAAGCUUUUCAAAACAGAUCACCUUCAAAAUUUCUGAGGUUCCGUCUGACUACCACGAUGACUACAUCAGAACAGGGUACCGUCGACCAGGAAUGUCCUUCCUGGAAUGUAUUCAAAGUCUUUUCCAGUGGAACAACGAGACGCUUAAUGUCUGGACUCACUGCUUCACCUUAUUUUUCUUUAUUUGGAAAUUCAGUACUUUGGAAGUGGAUUUCUUGUUUGACAGUCGGUAUUGGCCGUUAUGUGCCAUCACUAUUGGUGCGUGCAUGUAUCCUUCUCUUAGCUGUAUAGCCCACACGUUCAGUAGUAUGACCGUCCGUGUUCGUCAUAUAUGCUUCUUCUGUGACUACGCGGGGAUCAGUGUCUACAGCAUAGGAUCAUCCGUAGCAUAUUUCGCCUACAGCAUUCCCGACCAUGUCAGAGGAUCAUUCCUAGGGAUGCUUUACCGACCUAUCAACGUUACCAUGGCAAUCUUCUGUUGCUAUGUAUGCUGCGUAUCCAGGGACAAAAAAUGGCAGUCGAUCCAAUCAACUAUGAGGGCUCUCUCAUUUGCUGUCCCUUAUAUAUUCACCAGCUCGUUUGUUGUCUAUGGCAUUUUAAUAUCGUUUUAUUCUCAUUCCCUUUCGUUUCACUACUCCCAGUUUUUCUGGUGUACCCUUAUGGCCGCAACAAUGACGACGAAAAUCCCAGAAAAAUAUAUUACGGAGUACUUCGACGUGGUUGGUCACAGUCACCAGUGGUUUCACAUAKUUGUGUUCAUAGCAACAAAUAAUCAAAUUAAUGCAGUUAUCCUAGAUAUGACAGAAUUGAGAAAAAAUGAUGCCAUAUGUGAGUGGUCUUUUGGGGGGAGUGUUGGACUUGUUUUGAUGGUGAUUCUAGCAAAUGCUUUAAUAGUGUGCUUUUUUUCUUAUAGCAUUGUAACACUAAACUCUGAGCCACUGCAUGUUGAAGAAGACAAAUCUUUAUAACAUAAUUUCAUAAUAUACAAUCUAGUAAUUUUACACUUUCCGAGGUGGUGCACUGGUACGUAAUGGGCAUCUCGUCUCAAAUCAGGUUUAUUUGGAUUGCAAUUCUUAGUCCCAAUCUCAAUAAAGCAUGAAAGAAAGGCCGGCACUGAUGUAACGAUUGCAGUUUUUAAAUGAAGAACUGCAGCUCGAAAAAUCAGUUGAUUACUUCCUUUACCUUUCCUUCGCUGUUGCUGCCAUAGUGAGCCCAGCACGGACUGACAAAUGCAUUUACAUGAUUUUUUUAUUAUUUUUAUUUCAUUUUUAUGUAGAAAUAUCGCUACGACUGCUCUCAGUCGGUUGCUUGCAAUUUCAUAACAAGUUUUAAACAUGUAUAAAAUAAAUACCUAUAUGGAAAAAAUAUACAAUUAAAAAGCAAUGCUAAUUUUGCAAGCAAAUGUCUAUUCUCUAUACAGCAUCGGCCUAAUUCGCUGCACACGUUAGCCUUGCCAUGAUCUUCGUCCUGUAACGAGUCAAGUUAAAGCUAAUUCUGGUAGAAUUGAAUGACAAAAAGGAAAAAACUGUUUUGCAAGCAAAUGUCCAUUCCAAUGCGCAAAAUCAGACGCCUUGCCAUGAUCUUCUUCUCGUAACAUGAGCCACAUCAAAGCUAAUUCUCGUAGGAUAAGAUGGCAACAUUUUGCACAGGUUUUCAUCGAAACACGCAACUGCGUAACAUUGUUUACUUGCA